AUGGAUCCGGACAGGGCGGUACAUGACCUCCAGAUGAGGAACACGUCACCGGAAACACCUGGGGCUCCUGAAGCAGUUGCCGUGCCGGCUGGCCUCGAGGAUCGUAUAUCUGCUGUCGAAAAAGUGUUGACAAACAUUGCGGGUACAUUGGUGGAGAGGCGUAAGAUCAACGAAGGUCCGCCAGCGGAUGCCUCCUGGUUAGCAGCUUCCGACCCAUGGACGUCUUCAGCAAGUCCAGUUAACAUGGUCCGGGUGGACAGCCUGCCACAUUUCCCGAAGAACGUGCCGCAUGGUAUGAUCUGGGAGACCUUCACCGCUUACAUCGAGAAGUUUAAUCUUUCGUUGUCUCUGUACCGCGUCAAUGACUCGGCUCAAAAAGCAAAGCUCUUGUACCUGGCGGUAGGUGACGACCUGCAAGAGAUUGUGCGUACCAACGGGUUACGCCCGAGUCUUGAUGAUCCCGAGUGCUACGAGACUAUGAUCAAGAACAUUGCUGCGUAUUUCCGGUCAAUGACUGACGCCUCAGCAGAACAUGACGCAUUCGGAGAGAUGAAACAGGGACCCGAAGAACCGGUUAUGAAGUUUGUUGCCAGGCUCAGGUCAAAGGUCACUGCGUGCGGCUACCACGCGGGCGACGAGGAGCGAUUUGUGCGGUCGCAGUUUUUAAAGGGAAUGAUCGAUCAAGGUUUGGCAGAACACGCAAGAAUCCACAACCACGCACUGGGCGAACUGGUCAGCAACGCACACCGCGCAGAAAACCUUGCCAGCAGGAAGCGAGAAGCAUUGGCCAAGGAAGCACAAGCAAGAGGUGCGCUGAUGCAGGAAUCGUUUGCUGUCGAAUCAGCGGGGGAUUCUUAUCGUUCACGGGGGCAGAGCUCCAACGGACGCCCGAAAGGCUACAGCGAGCGCGAGCAAACAUCUCGCGGAUACGGGAAGAGCUCCGGUGAAACACGCAGAUAUGGGCGAAGCUCCGGUGACACGCGGGGUUUUGGACGAGGUUUCAGCGAAGCACGCGGAUACGGACGCAGCACCAGCGACACACGAGGAUACGGGCGAGGUUCGGACGAAACGCGCGGGCAGGGCUCACGCGGGAGGGACGUCCGGCGCAGUGAGGGAAAUGAACAAUGGAAGAACGGACACCGGCCGGCCUGGGCGCCGAACAAGCGAAAGGGAUGUUCCAACUGCCGCAACGACCAUGGCGACCAAGAACCCUGCCCUGCGGCGGACAAGAGAUGCUGGAGUGUGGGCUCGUCGGAACCUAUCAAGUUCAUGGUGGAUUCGGGGGCGGACGUCAACAUAAUUGGGGGUGCGGAUUGGGAAAGACUUCGCCGCGACGCCGACUGCGGCCGCGCAUCGAUCCGAGCGGUAAAGCCCUCAAGAACCGCAAGUCUUAUUGCGUACGCUUCGAAAGAACCGUUGAAGGUAGAGAUGAUCCUUGAAGCGGAGGUGAAGGUCGCCACAGUCCCCGGACCAACAGUGCGCGCUGAAUUUCUUGUUGUCCCAGGCGGCACUCGUUCACUUCUCGGGCGAGCGACUGCAAGCGAUUUGCAACUUUUGCGAGUCGGACUGGAAACAAACGCUUGCCGAGCAGUCGGGGGGCGGAAUACUUUCCCUAAGAUGCCCGGAGUUAAGGUGAAGUUCACCGUUGAUCGAUCGGUGACGCCCGAAAAGAACGCGUACUACAAUGUACCCGCGGCAUUCCGCGAGGGUGCCAGACAACGGCUCCGCGAAAUGUUAGAAAGGGGUAUAAUUGAAGAGGUGACAUCGGCCCCCAACUGGAUCAGCGGGAUGUCUGCGGUCCCAAAAGGGAAAGACGACUUCAGGUUGGUGGUUAACAUGAAAGCGCCUAACCGAGCCAUCAAGCGCGAGUAUUUUAGGCUCCCGUUACUGCAGGAUAUGAAGGUUAAGCUAAGCAAUGCGAGAUACUUCACCAAGCUUGAUUUAACUAGCGCGUACUACCACCUGGAGUUGGCAGAAGAGUCGCGCGAUUUAACCACCUUUUUGAGCGAAGAAGGGAUGUACCGCUUCUGCCGGCUUCUUUUCGGCGUGAACGCUGCCCCAGAAAUCUUUCAGCGGGAGAUGGUCCGCAUCCUGAAAGGGAUAAAAAACGUCAUUAUUUACAUCGAUGACAUUUUAAUCUUUGGAGAGACGCUUGAGGGCUUACGAGAAACGGUCGCCAGGGUGCUGCAUGUCCUAAAGACUAACAACCUAACGUUGAACCCGGCAAAGUGCGAGUUCGAUCGAGUGCGGGUGAAAUUCCUUGGACAUGAACUAGACGAAUCCGGCUUCCACGUGGAUAGUUGUAAGAUCAAGCACGUGCAGCAGUUCCGGCAGCCCGCGACGGCUUCAGAGCUACGGAGUUUUCUUGGGCUGGCGUCUUUCAUCAGCCCUUACAUCCAGAACUUUGCCGAGCUUACUGGUCCGCUGUGGGAGGUAGCAUCUACCAAGACGUGGAAGUGGGGUCCGGAACAAUCUGCCGCUUUUGAACACACAAAGGCACGUAUCUCCCAUUGCGCAGUCACGUUGGGGUUCUUCUCAGACUCGGAUAAAACGGUACUCUACACCGAUGCUUCUCCGACCGCGCUGGGCGCCGUUUUGGUGCAGGAACCUCGAUCCGGAAGCCCGCGCAUUAUUUCGUUUGCAUCGAAGGCUUUGGAUUCAACAGAGCGGAGGUACGCUCAAAAUCAACGAGAGGCGCUUGCUGCGGUUUGGGCUGUAGAGUAUUUCUCGUUUUAUCUCCUGGGCAGGCGCUUCACGCUUAGGACUGACGCUCGAGGGGUGGCUUUCAUCUUGAACAGAACGCGCGAGCACUCUAAGCGAGCUCUGACCAGGGCGGAUGGUUGGGCUUUAAGAUUAAGCCCGUAUCGCAUAACCGUGGAGUACAUUGAAGGCAGGUUCAAUAUCGCAGAUCCGUCGUCCCGGCUUUACGUCGGCGUGGACGACCCGUUCGAUGACGGCGAAAGCCCGUGGGAGGUCGCAAAGAUCGAUGCGAUUGACACCAGAUUUCUAACGGAACAGGAAGUUCGGGAUGCUACUGCGCGGGAUCCCGUACUUUCGCUCAUACCGCGGGCUCUGGAAACCGGAGAGUGGCCACGGGAGCUGCACAGAUACCAGUUAGUUGAAAGAGAUCUCUACGCGAAGAACGGCAUCGUGGCGAAGUUGGGUUGUGUCGUGGUUCCGGAAUCGUUGCGCCGCAAAGCCUUGGCCGUUGCACACGAGGGUCACCCGCUGGUAGCAAAACUGAAGAGCAUCCUUCGCGAACGAGUGUGGUGGCCUGGGAUGGCGAAAGAUGCCGAGGAUUGGGUUAAGUCCUGCCGGACGUGCGCGAUGAAUGGGAGACCUGAAAAGACGACGCCGCUGAUCAGAAUAUUUGCUCCAAAAUCGGUAUGGGAGAUGCUGGCCGUGGACUUCAACGGGCCGUACGCCAAGUUUGGAGGAGUGUACAUCUUGGUGUUGGUGGAGUACAGGUCUCGAUUCGUAUAUGCUCGGCCAGUGAAAUCAACUAACUUUGAAAGCACCAAGCGGAUUUUUGACGAAAUCUUCGAGAAAGAAGGUUUCCCGAGAGCAAUUAAGUCCGAUAACGGCCCGCCGUUUAACGGAGAUGACUAUAAAAACUACUGUCUGGAACGAGGAAUCGAACCAAUCUUCUCGACACCACUGUUUCCCCGGCAAAACGGAAUGGCCGAGUGUUACAUGAAGCUGGUCAAUAAGGCCAUGGCCUCCGCUGCUCUAAAUGGAACCUCUUUUGAGGGGGAACUUCAAGCCGCGGUCAGAGCCCACAAUUCGUCAGCUCACUCGAUCACCAAGAUUCCCCCAGAGGAAAUGAUGUCCGGAAGGAAGAUUAGGCGCAAUUUGCCUCUACUGGUCAGCAAGAAAGUACAUCUGGACGAGGAGGCCAUCAACGAGAGAGACCGGGAGGCAAAACUAAGAGGAAAGGAACGCGAGGAUGCCCGGCGGGGAGCUCGCGAAUGCAGCAUCAAGCCAGGCGACAAAGUGAUCGUACAGAAGCAGACACGUUCGAAAGGAGACUGUAAGUUCGGCUCAACUAAAUACACCGUAAUCGAGCAAACGAACGGAAAUCUCAUCCUGGAAGACGACGAGGGUCUUCGCAUCAAGAGACAUGUUUCCCAGACGAAGCAGGUUCAAAAGUGGCGAGGCGAAUCUCACGAUCCGCCUCAACCCAGAAAUAUCGCGCGUUCGAGUACGUCGUCUGGUUCAUCCAAUUCUGGGAGGAACGACCGUUCGAGUUCACCACACAAUCCGGUUAUGGACGGAGAAACGUCGCGGCCAGGUACAUCUGCGAUUCCACUUCAACCUGAGCAAGAUGUUCAGGACACUUCAUCGGAGGAAACACGGCCAGCUGCUCAACUUCAACCUGCAGGAAUCGACCAGCGGAGCUGUUCUCCCAAACUAGCCCAACCGGGACAGGGAGCUCGUCCAUCCAGGAAGAAACAGGUUCCAUCUUAUCUGCAGGAUUACGUACGACUGGUGGAGGAAGAACUGGAGGUUCAGAAAACGCUACAGGUAGAUAAAACGGUGUUCACUUGUGGUAUGGUUCGAUGA